CCGCCGUCAGGGAGCGGAGGAGCAUUCGUCCAAUCCCAAAGGUUUCUCAACCGCCGCCGGCGAGGCGGCGACCGCCGCUAUUUCGCAGGUUGGACGGGUCGAAACCCUAUUACUGAUCUCUGGAUAUAUAUAGUCCAGAGAACUUGUUCUACAUUACAUAUCUAACUAAGAGUUGAUAACAAUGUCAAGGCAAGAAAGUAGUACCAAUGAAGGAAGGAAGUUUAAGAGAGGAGACGAGGAUGAAGAUGAUGAGGAAGAUGGUAAGGGCCGUGAGGCGUGGGAGAGAACUUAUGCAGACGAGCGAUCAUGGGAGUCUCUGCAAGAGGAUGAAUCCGGUCUUCUCCGACCAAUUGACAACAAAACGCUGUACCAUGCUCAGUAUCGAAGACGCCUUCGCACGAGUACCACUACUCGGAUUCAGAAAGGAUUGAUUCGUUACUUGUACAUUGUCAUCGAUCUUUCUCGGGCAGCUGGAGAGACGGACUAUAAACCAAGCCGCAUGGUCGUUGUUGCCAGACAAGUGGAGGCUUUCAUUAGGGAGUUCUUCGAUCAAAACCCUUUGAGUCAAAUCGGAUUAUUGACAUUGAAAGACGGAGUAGCAAAUUCCCUGACGGAUCUUGGUGGAAGUCCCGAGUCACACAUCAAAGCUUUGAUGGGUAAGCUGACAAGCUCGGGCGAUGCAUCCCUCCAAAAUGGCCUCGAUCUUGUGCACAGCCACCUAAAUCAGAUGCCAACAUAUGGGCAUCGUGAAGUUCUGAUAUUGUAUUCCUCGCUUAACACUUGUGAUCCGAGUGAUAUUAUGGAAACCAUCCAAAAAUGCAAAGCUUCGAAAAUCAGAUGCUCGGUUAUAGGUCUCUCUGCUGAGCUCUACAUUUGCAAAUAUCUUUGUCAAGAAACUGGCGGAUCGUACUAUGUAGCCGUAGAUGAGCAUCACUUGAAAGAAUUGGUCUUUGAGCAUGCACCGCCACCUCCAGCUAUAGCGGAAUUUGCAAUUGCGAAUUUGAUCAAGAUGGGAUUUCCUCAAAGAGCAGCGGAAGGUGUAAUUUCGAUCUGUUCUUGUCAUAAAGAGGCUAAGGUCGGUGGGGGCUACACUUGUCCGAGAUGCAAAGCACGUAUUUGCGAUUUGCCUACAGAAUGCCAGAUUUGUGGACUGACACUCGUUUCUUCACCUCAUCUGGCUCGAUCUUACCACCAUCUAUUUCCUAUAACCCCGUUUGAUGACGUGGCACCAUCGGUUUCAAGUGAUCCACGCUAUCUUGCAAAGAAUUGCUUUGGUUGCCAACAAACUCUCCUGAAUCCUGGAAAUAUGCCGGGUUCUCGUGUUUGUUGUCCGAAAUGCAAGCAGUAUUUCUGCCUUGAUUGUGACAUUUACAUUCACGAGAGCUUGCAUAAUUGCCCAGGUUGUGAGAGCUUCCGCCAUUCUAAGUCCAAUGGUACCGUUGAAGGAUGACAGAAUCGGCAUUGCUUAUGUCGUGUUUGAAACAGUUGGCGGUUGAAGAACUAGACAGGAAAUUUGAUUUUUUUUUCUUUUUAAGAUUUUGAUCGUGGUGGAGCAAUCAACUUUUCGCCAGAUAUUGCUUUCUAUUUUGAGACGAAGGAUUAAAUUAUGCUCAUAUUUUGGGACGGGGAACUACUAGUAGAGCUUAGCCAUUGAGUAGUAAUAAACAAAUAAACGAAUGUAUUAGUUUUGAUAUCUUCUUUUAAUUUACAAA